AUGACUUCAGUUUCUCACACAAGAGUUUCUAUUGACAGUGGGUCUGUUCUAAGUUCCUUAAGCAGAAUUACGCAAGAGGUUCCUGUUAAACAACGGUUUGUUAUCAGCAAAAUGAUAUUAAAUAAUUUUAAGUCGUACUUUGGUAAACAGGAAAUAGGUCCGUUUCACAAGUCAUUUUCUGCUGUU